CUGUGGAUUUAGCAUCAUGGAGUUCAUUCGACAGAUCUGGAGCUGCAUUCUAUCGCCAGAUCUUUCUCCAUCGAAUGAAAGUUUGGACUGAUGGCACCCAUGUCGAACCGAUUCUAUUAUGUCCAACGACGCUGCUUUGGUUUUUUCGGUUUGGCGAUAUACGGAUCACUAUCUUAAAAAGGCCUCAGGUCGGACGCGAAACGUUUCCUUGCAUUGCAUUCUCUAUCACAAGUCAUGGCUUAUCCCGUCGCUGCCACCAAAGAUCUCAGUAUACUUCAUCCAGGCUUACAUCCCAUCAUCACCUUGCUACCAGACACCUUAGAAACAGCGAAGACUGCAGAUGUAGUCGUCAAUUUCAUGCGUGCCGUCCCUCCCAGGCCGCAUGAAGAUCCAGAAAUCAUCAAGAAAGAUAUCCAGGUAUCAAUGGAUGAUGCUCCUCCUGAACAGCCACCCACCACCGUGCGACUGUAUAUCCCCAAGCGUGAGAUAACCAAAGGAUUGUUACCUGUGGUUAUUUGGUCUCACCACGGAGGCUUCUUUUCUGCGGGCCCAGCACGGCUCGACCCAUUCUGUUGCUCAAUUGCAGCUGCAGCGGGUGUAAUCGUCGCGGCCCCUGCUUAUCGCAAAACUCCCGAAAACCCCUUUCCUGCACCUUUUGACGAUGUCUAUCAAGUGCUUAUUUGGUUGACGACUUCCUCGGAGACCAAACAGUAUUCCAUUGAUCCUAAUCGCAUUGCGGUUGCAGGAUCAUCAGCAGGAGGUACACUCGCUGUUGGGAUAACUCUGCGCUAUCGGGACGAGGGUCGUGAUAUGUCGAAGAUUCCCCUCGUCAUUCUUGAUGACACCAGCGUUACAGACACUUCGAAGUCUUAUUCGACGUAUCACAACCCCGUCAACAAGUUAUGGAAUGCCAACGUUACCCGAUUCAUGUGGGACUUGUAUCUCCCAGAAGGGUCGUCGGCUUUAGAUGCAAAAACCAGAGGUUACGCUGUACCUGUCCAUGCCGAGGAUUUGAAAGGCCUGCCAUCUACUAUGGUGCUUUGUGCCCAAUGGGAUGACCUUACAAACGACGCAAUAUUAUUUGCCCAUCGACUGCUCGAAGCAGGGGUACCAACCGAAAUUCACACAUACCGGGGUACUUUUCACAUUUCGGAUAAACUGGUUCACGAUACCAAAAUCGCAGCUAAGAAGCGACGGGACAUCGUGGACUCAUUGAGGGCUGCUUUUGGAACUACGGAAGACAAGGAGUAGACAGCUCCCGCACAUAAGUGUUUUAACUAUCCUUUUGACUAUCGAUGUAAACUAUAAAUGAUCAAUUUCAUUAUCUUACCAUCA